CUUCAUCCUUAAAUCAAUCGAAGCAUCAUCAGCGAUCUAAGAAACACAAAAGAUAGCUUUAUUUUUGGGGGAAAAGAGGGAGGAAAUAAACCCCAAUCAUGGGAAUUACAAAUUAUUCUCUCUUUCCCGUUCUUCUCCUGAUUUUCUUUCUAUUUCUUAAUUUUCUCGCCGCCCAAUCAUCAUCACCUCCUUCAAUCUACGACCACUUGAAACACAACGGUCUCCCUGAGGGUAUCUUACCAAAGGGAGUAACAGAUUUUUCAACUGAUCCCGAGACGAACCGUUUCCAAGUGAACCUAACUCAACCCUGUAACUCCGACUCCGAGAUCCAAUUCCAUUACGAUUUAAACAUCACCGGACCCUUAUCUUUCGGGAAGAUCGCGAACUUGUCCGGUGUGUUCCAGCAGGAGCUUUUCCUAUGGUUUCCCGUCACUGGCAUACGCGUCGAUGAUCCAGCCUCCGGUUUGAUCAACUUUGAUGUCGGCGUCGUUAACAAACAGUUCUCCUUCUCUUUGUUCGAGACUCCCCUUGAUUGCACCGCUGUUGAUCCUAAUGAUUCCUUCUCGAGUUUUCAGUUACCAUCCAAGUUAGUUGGUGCUGAAACUGCUGAAGAGCAGAACCUGAGGGCCAUAUCAUAGACUCUGGAGGCAGAGAUAUUAUACUGAAGUCUCAAGGUUGUUGAUGCACGUGUGAGUUUCUGUUCUCAUUUAAAGAUUCUCUUUCAAGAGUAUAUUUUGAUGGGUCAUUGGCUUCCAGUUGUGUGCACCCACUCUCUAUGUUGUUCUCACUAUUCAAGCAAAUAUAUGUCAUAGUAAGAAUAGCAU